GCGGCGGAGGAUGACGCUGUGGACAUGGCGGCCGUAGUCGGCCCGCGGGAGGACGUGUCUAGCUGCCGGGUAACCUCGGUCUGCGCCCAGGGAGCCGGGCAGCUGCUUUAUUAGUAUUCGUACCCACGAGGCGGCGCAGCGGGCCCUCGGGGAGAGCGAGCGUCGAGGCCAUGGCUUAUCACUCGGGCUACGGAGCCCACGGCUCCAAGCACAGGGCCCGGGCAGCUCCGGAUCCUCCUCCCCUCUUCGAUGACACAAGCGGUGGUUAUUCCAGCCAGCUCGGGGGAUACUCAGCCCCAGGAGCCGAUGUGGCCUUCAAUGUCAACCACUUGCUUGGGGACCCAAUGGCCAACGUGGCUAUGGCCUAUGGCAGCUCCAUCGCAUCCCAUGGGAAGGACAUGGUGCACAAGGAGUUGCACCGUUUUGUGUCUGUGAACAAACUCAAGUAUUUUUUCGCUGUGGACACAGCCUAUGUGGCCAAGAAGCUAGGGCUGCUGGUCUUCCCCUAUACGCACCAGAACUGGGAAGUGCAAUACAGUCGUGAUGUGCCUCUGCCCCCACGGCAAGACCUCAACGCCCCUGACCUCUAUAUUCCCACGAUGGCCUUUAUCACCUAUGUGCUGCUGGCUGGGAUGGCACUGGGCAUUCAGAAAAGGUUCUCCCCAGAGGUGCUGGGCCUGUGUGCAAGCACGGCACUGGUGUGGGUGGUGAUGGAGGUGCUGGCCCUGCUCCUGGGCCUCUACCUGGCCACCGUGCGCAGUGACCUGAGCACCUUCCACCUGCUGGCCUACAGUGGCUACAAAUACGUGGGAAUGAUCCUGAGUGUGCUCACAGGGCUGCUGUUCGGCAGCGAUGGCUACUAUGUGGCACUGGCCUGGACCUCAUCUGCUCUCAUGUACUUCAUUGUGCGAUCUUUGCGGACAGCAGCCCUGGGCCCGGAUAGCAUGGGGGGCCCAGUCCCCCGACAGCGUCUCCAGCUCUACCUGACUCUGGGAGCUGCAGCAUUCCAGCCCCUCAUCAUAUACUGGCUGACCUUCCACCUGGUCCGGUGACCCCUGGCCCACUGAUUUUUCCAUACAUUGAAGAUUCGAUUUCCUUGAC